UAUUUAUGUUCAACUGUUUGUUAUUAAAUAUUGUGCAGAAAUUACGCAAUAUUUUCAAGUUAAAAUAAAUGCAUUUAACAAAUACAUUAUUUACACAGUAACAAUAUAGAAAUAUAGUGAAUCUUUAUAUAUGUUUUAAAUCAUUAAUACACCUAGAACAUAGCCUAUAAUGUAUCAUUUGAUCUGAAGGAGUAAAACUAACAAGAAGAGUAAUUUAUUAAAUUUAAUUAAUUCAGUUUCAGUGAGUAGGCUAAGCUAAGAGUAAUAGUAAUUAGUAAUAGUAAGAGUGGCUAUUGCUUGUCAUUUUCAGGUAUCCAGGUGGUCUGUACCCAGCUCAGCCCUAUUAGGAAGCUCUGCUUACAGAAUAUCGUACCAAAAUUUGUCUUGAUUUCUCUGUGAGCACAUCCUUUUACAAAGUGAGAAAGCAGAGGAGAUGAGAGAAUAGAGAAUAAAGCAAGCUAAAUUUAAUAAACUAUAAAUUAUUAAACAGGUUGUCAAACGUGGAAUUCAGGACAUGGAGUACUAGAAUAUAAAUUUAUAAGUAUUAACUUAAGCUGUGUAUCAUUUAAUGACCCAAAAAAAUUUAAAAAAUGAGAGUACAAUUUCAUAGUAAAAACCUCGAUGGAGCAUUAUAUAGUUAUUUUCGUAAAUUUAUUUUACCCCUGGAUAAUAUAAUAUUGUUAUGUGUAGUAAUUAUGCAUUAAAAAUAGUAUCUAAAAUCGUUUAUACAUUUUGCUGCAUUCUCUAAUUAUGUAUUUUUAUCAUCAACUUUGAAUUCAGUUUUUUUUUUUUAAAAUGACAACUUUUGAGGAAAAUUACAUCCGAUCCUGGAAUGCAACCUGGUAUGUUUCAACAUUACACAAGUGGGUUAGCGGACUACUUAGUGUAUCUCCCCGUUCUUUACUUUUUAAAUCCAAUAAUUUAGAACACAAAGAUUCUGGAGGAAAUCCUCUUGUGCUGUUUAUUGAUUUCUCAGAGAUCACAAGUAUUAACAAAGCCUUGUCUUCAUACCUAUUCCAAGCUAUUAAAAUCAUCUUGGCAAGCGGUGAAACACAUUGGUUUUCUUCAAUGCUGGAAAGAAAUGCAACAUUUUUAAUGGUACGACAUUGCUAUCAAGCAUCAUUAUUCAAUAAAGUUUCAUCCCCAUCAUCCAAUUUUGGUACAUCAAGAUCUCUCAGUUCCCAACCCAGAACAGAGUUUGGCACUGAACUCUUACGUACUGUAUAUGACUCACAAACUACUUUACAAAAUGCUGCUGGAAGCUUAGUGCAGCAAGGUAAUCAGCUUAAGAACAGUGCUUUAACUGUUGAGGAGAUUCAUGAAGAUUUGAGUGUGGCUGAGCGAAUUACUUCAGGCAUAAAUUCUUGGUUUGGCAGGUGGAAGCUCCCUCCUAUAACAAAAACAGAGGAGCUGAUAUUGGUGAAAGAAAAUGAUAUACCUCAUGUUUGGGAUGUUGAUGCUUUGUGCACAAAGAUUAUUGGCUAUAAGCAUGGUAUCCAAACAGAGAUGGUAUUUAGGAUUGGAGUUGAUGGCAUAUCAAUAGUGGAUAUGAAACAAAAGGUAGGCUUUGAUUGUUGAAUCAUUUUGCUAUUUUAAUGAUUAGUUUCUUUAGGGUGCUACAGUUUGAAUAAAACCAGAUUAACAGAUAUUUGCUGAAAUUUUGAUUUUAUAUAGUUAAGUUUUGUGCAUGUAACUGUGAUCAUGAGGAGAAUGAUAAAUCAAGUUUUUGCUUAUACAGGGGAGCCUCUGAUAACGAGUGCCCCGAAAAUGAACAGUUAUGUUAGUGAACAAGUUUGAUGAAAAGUUUUUGUCUCGAUUAAUGAACAAUAAUUCAGUUAUGAACAUAUGCAUACUUCAGUACACACAGUCCCACUGACUUGGUAGAGUUUUGGCACAUUUGCAGUAAACAUGGUUUGUCCAAGUGUUGUGUUAGAAGACAUGUUCGUUACUUUUGCACUUUUGGUGUUAUUCUAGCCCUCAUUAUGGCAUCUAAAGAGAAAAGUGUUAUUAACAGGAAUCGCGUUAGUAUAUGAGUAAAGAAAUAAAUUAAAUUAAAACAUGAUAAUGACCUUCAUGUUUCCGACAUUGGUAAUCAAUGCAAUGUGGUGAAAUUUGUGAUUUGUAAUAUUCUAAAGAACAAAAAGGCAAUAAAGGUGACUAAUGUGGCUAAAGUAGUUACAGUACUGAAAAGGUGUAAAGUGCUAGCAAAAGUAGAAAAACUGUUGUUAGUUUGGAUAAAUGAAAGCAGCUGUCUGUAGUCUUUAGAUAGUUUUAAGGAGAAAAUAUUUUGUGAAAAGGCUAGGCAGCUGUGCAGUGAUUUGUUGGCCAAAACACAGUACAAGUCCAGAAGCUGAACACUUUAAGGCGAGAAGAGGGUGUUUGAAUAAAUUUUGCCAUUAUGUUGCCAGACAUUGAGAGGCUGUUGGGUUAGAUAAAAACAAAUAUUUUUCAUUAUAGAACAACACUUAAAAAUGUUAAAAUAACAUAUUUCUAAGGCUGGAACAGAUUGAUUGAAUUUUUAUUGAUCUCAAUAAAAAAUUUUUUUAGUUAGUGAACGUUUGGGUUUAAGAACGGAGUCAUGGAAUGGAUUAAGUUUGUUAAUUUUCUUUUUGUAUACAUGGUAAUGUUAACAAUUGUUAUGAUUUGUGUAAUGGCAUCCUUUUUCCAUAUAGAUUAUUCAACACUUCAAAUGGCCUGAGGUAUCUCAGAUAAGAGUUGUUAGUCCUUGGGAAAUUCUGAUAACAAGAUUUUUUAUUGGUCAACCUGAUUUGAGUUACAGCAUUGUAAGCAUGGCUAUGCCUAAAAUGUUAAAACUUCUGGCAAGAUUUGCUAAAUCAAAAAUGGAAUACAUGAAUCCACCAAAUGUUAGUCAUUCACAACAAUAUGAACCUGUUUGGGAUAAACCAUCUUCUAAAUCAGAUUCAAAAUGUGAGUAUUUUGUUACUAUUUUUUCCUUAACUUUACCACACUAUAGAAACAUAUGCAUAUAUGUUGUACAACUAUUUCUGGACAUUUUGACAAGGGACUGAGAAAAGAUCUACUUAUUGAGACUCGGCUCUAGUCAGCCAUGUGCUGGAACCAGUUUGUGCAAAGUGGGGUGUUAAAAGUAUAAAAAUAAUAAAAAUAACAUUGAAAUAAGUUUACUUUUUUUUUUAACAGUCAUCAAGUACCAAACCGUUUCUUGCUUUUUGGCAGCAUACCACUGGCUUAGUAGAAAAACUGAUUUCUUACUGGAUCGUAUUAGAAAUGGCUUUCUGUGCAGAUAAUUCUUAAUUACAUCAAUCCUCCAGUAAUACUUCUAGACAUGCUAAGGUCAUGAUCUGAAUAAAACAUGUUUUUUAUGGUUGGUUGUAUUAAAUAUUGAUCUGUCUCACCAGCAGGCUACCUUUAAAUAUCGUGUGUUAAUUAUCAUCGAUUUGAAUUGUUGCUUUUUGUUUGUUAUGGUUGGUUAUAUUAAAUAUAGAUCUCUCUCAUCAGCAGGCUACCUUUACAUAUCCUUUGUUAAUUAUCAUCAAUUUCAAUUGUUGCUUUUUGUAUUUCUAGAUGUAAAACUAAUACUUAAUUUUUCCUAGCCAUUUCUUAAAUAUACCUUGCAAAUUCUGGUAAAAGUCCUUGUUGCUUUGGGUAGCUAACAAUAGCUCAAAUAUAGUGAAAUGUUGCAAUCUUCCACUAAAUGUUGCUGAUAUUUGACAUGAUUUAUUUUUUUUUAAAUCAAAAGGGAUUAAGUUAUAUCUGGGACAUUUUAAUCACUAAUAUAUACAUACCAGUAUACAUUUGAUUCAGAGAACAUCCAUUAAUUAAAAACUUUGCACCAAAAAAAUUAUUACUUUUAGUGAUAAAGCACACCAUGUUUGCCAAAACUUAUUUGUAUUCCUAUUUCUCCUCAGCUGUUACUUUAAGUGGUAAAGAUCCACUUGUAAACAAUGCUACAGAGAUUCUACUUGAAGCCCAUCAAUCCACAGAGCAGGCCAAAGUUUCUGAUGCUGAAAUAGCAGAGCUUACAAACACACUGGCAGAUCUGAAAUCUCUGGCAAUAGACAUCCAAAAAGAACAAGAUGAUCAAAUACAAACAAUAGACAGAGUAACAGAUUCAGUAACUAAAGCUGAUGAUCGGGUCAGAGCAUUAAAUAAGACAAUCAACAUAUUGAAUAAAUAAAUUGAAAACUUUAGGCAAAUUUGGGUGAACUAAAUACAUGACAAAAUAUUUAAAACCUCUUACCUUCAGAUCCACGAAAAAUUAAAUUUGAUCGUUCUUUUAAUGAGAAAAAUGUUGUGUCAAUUAAUUUUCUUAUUUUUGAAUUGUUAGAUUGAUUACAUUUGAAAUGGGAAUACUGGUAUAGAUGCCCGAAAAUUGUUAAUGUGUAUCCAUUUUAAUUAAACUUAGCUAUUGGGCUUUUUUUUAAAUUGGUGGCUAUUAAUAGAUAGAGUGGUGUACAGUCUCUUUUGGUAUUCAGCCAGUUUGCACUGGUAUGGCCGAGUCCUUUACUAAUUUUUUUGUUAUUAUGGAAAUAUCUUAAAUAAGCUUUUUUAAAUUUUUUUUAUUUUGUUAAGUAGUAUCUCAUAUUUUUUCACCAAUAUUGUCAAACUGGUACUUAUAACAUAAUUUAGUUUUUGUGUAACUCUUUUAUUGUUCUUAUUUAAGUAUAAACUGCAUGAAAUAAUUAACUACCCUUUGUUGUAUCAUUUGUAAUCCUGAAAACGGUCAUCAGGGCAGUCAAAUCAGGUCAGUCAACCAGUUGCUAAAUUGUUUGAAUCCUAUAACUGUGAAUAGCAGAAGCUUGUCAAAUAUUAUAUAUACUCCAGCUCAGAUUGUGUGCAUAAUAAAAUUAAAAAUUUUCUAUGAUGUGUAAUAUAUUUGUGUAUGCUGUAACAAGUGAUUUUGUUGCUUUGCAAAUAACAUUUUAAUACUCAGUCAUGUAAUUCAGAAUUAAUAGUAUCUCUCAUUUGUUUGAAAAAAGUUAAGUUCUUGGCAUUUAUUCAGAUCAGGUUUAUUACAGUAGAAAUGUUUUCUACACCAUGAUUAAUUGAGAUUUGGGAUGAUUACGCAUUCUUCUGUCAAUAAAAUGAUAAAUAAAUUUGACAUUGCAAUAAA